CCACCAACUGCAACCGCGGUCUUCCGUCAGACACCGAGUCAUCCCAGCUCCGGCCCCAGAUCUCGAUCCACGACAAUGGCGAAGCUGAGGCAUUCGCGUCUUCCGUCUCGGAAGUUGUCGUCUUCUACUCUGGCUUUCACGAUGUUGAUCAUGUUCACAUUCGUGAUUCUUAUUCUUCUCGCGUUCGGCAUCCUCUCAAUUCCUAGCAACUCCGGUGAUUCCACCAAAGCGCACGAUUUGAACUCGAUUGUGCGCAAAGCUAUGGAGAGAACUGAGGAAGACGGAGGGAGAGGGAAGCAGUGGGUUGAAGUCAUCUCGUGGGAGCCUAGAGCUGUUAUUUAUCAUAAUUUUUUGUCCAAGGAGGAGUGUGAGUACCUUAUCAAUCUCGCAAAGCCUUAUAUGCGCAAAUCAACUGUAGUUGAUAGCCAAACCGGCAAGAGUAAGGAUAGCAGGGUGCGUACAAGCUUCGGCACUUUUCUUUCAAGAGGAGUUGACAAAAUUAUUCAGAACAUUGAGAAAAGGAUUGCAGAUUUUACCUUCAUACCAGUUGAGCAUGGUGAAGGGCUUCAAGUUCUCCACUAUGAAGUUGGACAAAAAUAUGAGCCUCACUAUGACUACUUCAAUGAUGAAUUCAAUACAAGGAAUGGAGGCCAACGCAUGGCUACAGUUCUUAUGUACCUCUCUGAUGUUGAAGAAGGGGGAGAGACCAUCUUUCCUGCUGCCAAGGGGAACUUUAGUGCCGUGCCUUGGUGGGAUGAAUUAUCUGACUGUGGAAAGAAGGGACUUUCAGUCAAACCAAGGAUGGGUGAUGCUUUACUUUUCUGGGGCAUGAAGCCUGAUGCAACUCUAGAUCCUUCUAGUUUGCAUGGUGGUUGCCCUGUGAUUAAAGGGAAUAAGUGGUCAUCUACCAAAUGGAUGCGUGUCAAUGAUUAUAAGGUUUAAACUACAGCUAAAAGAGGCUCUUUGACAGGAUGAUUGUACUUUCAAACAUCUAGUGAGAGCUCUGCAACUAUUGGACUUCAAGUGGUCAACAGCUUGGCACCUUCCAGCAUAAAUUUUGACCCAGUGCUGCCCCCGUUCUAUCUUACCCUGCUGCUGUAACCUCUUUUUCUUCUCAUUUUUCAAACAAGAUCCCUUAUACGUUACCAUUAUACGUUACCACUACUAUACAAUCCCUAGAAAAAUAGAAGUUGAAAUUUUACUAGUAAUCCUAGUGUGAUGAAUUUAUGAGUUGUUGUCAAGUAAUGAUAUUCUUUUACCCAUGUGAAGGGCUGAAAUCAUUUAUUCCGUAGAGCAUAGUUUUCUUUCACC